AUGAUUCUUGGCGCUUCUACUAUAUCGGAGUUAGGUUUAGCUUGUGGUAUUGAUUCGGAAGAGUUUGUGUUUAUGAGCACUAAGAUGGAUAAGAGGAAAAGAAGGAACAAUGACAGCAAGUGGUGUUUCUUCAACAAAUUGGAUAUGAUUCUUGGCGCUUCUACUAUAUCGGAGUUAGGUUUAGCUUGUGGUAUUGAUUCGGAAGAGUUUGUGUUUAUGAGCACUAAGAGCAAGUGGUGUUUCUUCAACAAAUUGGAUAUGAUUCUUGGCGCUUCUACUAUAUCGGAGUUAGGUUUAGCUUGUGGUAUUGAUUCGGAAGAGUUUGUGUUUAUGAGCACUAAGAGCAAGUGGUGUUUCUUCAACAAAUUGGAUAUGAUUCUUGGCGCUUCUACUAUAUCGGAGUUAGGUUUAGCUUGUGGUAUUGAUUCGGAAGAGUUUGUGUUUAUGAGCACUAAGAUGGAUAAGAGGAAAAGAAGGAACAAUGACGGUAUUCAGAAAAAAGAAGACAAGUUGGAAGAUGAUGUUAGUAUUCCAGCUGAUCUUGAGGCACCGAUACUUGAGAGGCUCCCACUCUACUCCCUGGUUCAACUCCAAUUAGCACUAAAAAACUGGAGUUCUCUCUUCACUGAGAACUUGAGACUUUCGCCAAAAUGGUUCGUUCACGUUGCUCAUCUAUCUCAGAUUUGGCUGCUGGAUUCUAUUGAUCGACCAAGACAUGUAAAAGUACAUGAUUUUGGUUCUGAAGUCAUUACAAGUAUGGUGCAGUGCGAUGGUAAUUUUCUAUGCAGCACAAUGUCAGUUUCUAGGGGAAAAACUAUCAGAAAGCUGGUGUUUUGCGACAUGCACGAGGUCCAUUGGAUAUACAAAGAAGACUUAUCAAGAUAUGACCACUACCUCAUUGGGCAUGAGAAGAUUCUGAGAUUUAACUCUGGCUGCUUCGAUAGUGUUUGUGACCAUUACGGACCUGAGGCUGAAAUCUAUGAGUUUUCCAAAAAACGGUGGAGAUCAAUGGAUUUCAAAUCUGUUGGGAUCAUUGAUUUACCCAUGAAGGUGGUGUCUGUGGAAGGAAACUCCUUUUUUUUGGUUUCUCAACAAGGAAAAAUGUGUGUGCAAUCGUUUGAUUUUUCAAGAGAAGCUUUCAGGAAAAUUUCAGUUCCACACGUCGAAGGAGGCAUGUUAGCUCUAUCCCCACAUGAAGAUGAUGGACUUUUGCUCCUAUGUCAACAGCCUGGACAGUCUCAACUUUGGGUUGCUAAGCAAGUAAACAAAGAGGUUGCAGCAUGGGAGAAGCUCUUUCAAGUGAAAACAGCUGAUCAGUUUUGUGGGCAGAGUUUUAUAUUCAAAGAGGAGAAGAUUAUAGCCUUCUUUGAACAGUUUCUUGAGGAUGGAACUGGUACACAUGUGGGGAUGCUUCAUAUUGGACAAUCUGAGAUUGGAAUGAUGUUCCAAACCACACAAGCUGGGAGGCACAACACAGUUUCAAUCAAUUCUGUCUAUGCACCAAGCUUGAGAACAGAGAAGAAGGUGAAGUCUGAGCCAUCGCCAAGGAUUUUUUCACUUAAGGAGCUUCAAGUAGUAACAAAGCGUUUUGAUAAUAAGUACAAAAUCGGUGAGGGCCCAUUUAGUAGUGUGUAUCGGGGUCAGCUUUCGGAUGGAUCUCAGAUUGCAGUCAAGAGAUUGAAAGCAUGGAGUAGCAGAGAAGAGAUAGUUUUUGCUGUAGAAGUCGAGAUUCUUGCUCGUAUUCGCCACAAGAAUCUGUUGAGUGUAAGAGGUUACUGUGAGGAAGGACAAGAGCGACUCAUAGUGUAUGACUACAUGCCAAAAUUAAGCUUGGUCUCGCGUCUUCAUGGUCGGUCGCAUCUUUAUUGGACUAGUCGGAUGAAUAUUGCAGUAACCACUGCUCAGGCGAUUGCCUACUUACACCAUCAUGCAACACCUAAAAUAGUCCAUGGAGAUGUGAGAACAAGCAACGUGCUGCUUGACUCUGAGUUUGAAGCUCGGGUUAUGGAUUUCGGAUAUGGCAAGCUGAUGCCAGAUGAUGCAGGAGAUGGAGCUGCUAAAACCGCCAAGGGUAAUAAGAGUAAUCUUGGGUAUCUCUCACCGGAAUGUGCUGAGUCAGGAAAAGAAUCAGAGAUGGGAGAUGUGUAUAGCUACGGUGUUGUUCUGCUGGAGCUGGUUACUGGUAAGAGACCUGUAGAGAAGGUUAACCAAACGACGAAAUUGGGUUUAACCGAAUGGGUUUUACACCUGGUUUACGAGAGGAAGUUUGGCGAAAUUGUGGAUCAGAAGCUGAAUGGGUGGUAUGUGGAAGAGGAGCUGAAAAGAGUGGUUUUGGUAGGGCUGUUGUGUGCUCAGAGUGAGCCAGAGAGGAGACCAACAAUGUCUGAAGUUGUUGAGAUGCUGAUGAAUGAAUCUAAGGAGAAAAUGGCUUACAUUGAAGCUAAUCCACUCUUCAACCGAAUCAGUGAUGGAGGAGAAGUCGCAGAUGAGAGCUCAGAGAUCAUUCCUCACAAACAAGAACAAGAAUAG